ACCGUCAGUGAGCUGUGAGGUCACUUUCCUAUACUUUUCUGACCGCGAUUUCAUCUUUCCCUCUCCCUCACUAGCGGCGCACAACUCCGUAUCUGCGUCAAGGCAACCACACUGCCGCCGGCAAUGACGUGAAUGAAAUACUUGUAACGCUGGCGCCUUACUGUUUUGCUGAAAAAAAAUUCACUUGAGAAAGUAGUAACAAUGAGCGAGCAACGAGCAGCCAGGUGGUACUUCGGAGGUAUGGCUUCCUGUGGGGCUGCAUGCUUCACUCACCCUCUCGACCUCCUCAAGGUCCACCUUCAGACACAGCAAGUGGCCCGGCUCAGUGGUGGACAGAUGGCACUGGAAAUAGUGAAAAAGCAAGGCUUCCUGGCCCUCUAUAAUGGUCUGUCUGCUUCUCUCUUGCGACAAAUUACUUACUCCACCACACGCUUUGCUAUCUAUGAGGUUAUGAAGCAGCAGAUGGCAGAUGCUUCCAAUAAUGUACCAUUCUACAAGCGAGUGCUAAUGGCAGGGUUUGCUGGGGCAUGUGGUGGGUUUGUAGGUACACCAGGAGAUAUGAUCAAUGUCCGAAUGCAGAAUGACAUCAAGCUUCCUGCAGACCAAAAAAGAAACUACAAACACGCACUGGAUGGUGUAAUGAGAGUAGUGAGAGAAGAAGGAGUGCCCAGGCUCUUCCGUGGUGCUUCUACAGCUACCUUCAGGGCAGUGCUGAUGACCAUUGGCCAGCUGUCCUUCUAUGACCAAAUCAAGGGAUUCCUGCUGACCACUCCAUAUUUCAGUGAUAAUCUCAUCUGCCACUUUACCUGCUCUUUGGCUGCUGGAGCCAUUGCCACAACCAUGACCCAGCCUGUAGAUGUGAUCAAGACACGUGCUAUGAAUGCAGGCCCAGGAGAGUUUAGGGGGCUCUGGCACAUCAUUACAUACACUGCCAAGAUGGGACCUGGUGGUUUCUUUAAGGGAUAUGUUCCAGCUUUUGUCCGUCUUGGACCACACACAAUCAUCACUUUCAUAUUCUUUGAACAGCUGCGGAAAAACUUUGGGAUAUUAAAACAGCCUGCUGCAUAGAGAUGAGGACAUUCUUAGAUAAAAGUAAAGUAAAAUAUUUACUUUUUUUAUUGUCAUAUUUCAAUAUCAAUGCCUUAGUUGAAGCAUUUUUCCUUUUAAGGGGCUAAAAAAUUUCAAUAAAAUAAUUCACAGUCCCUCACCUUCGUGCUUCCAAUUCCAGGUCCAAGUAGAGUAUUGCUCUGUGUUGUCAAUAGAAAGUGUUUAGCACAUGUGGAAGACUUACUUCAUAAGACUUGUAUGUGAAGGUAUUGAAUUUCCUUAUUAGAAUUUUGACCUCAGGAAUUGUUUGAAGGGAUGCAAAGUGUUCUUACAAACAAUCAUAUAAGCAUAUUUUUAAAAUGUUAAGUUGUCUUGUGAUCAUAAUGAUUUAAAAAAUAAAGAAAGUGAUAACAGAUAUGUGACACAACCAUAGAUAUAGAGAGAGGAUGAUGACAUAUUUCUUUUAAUUGUUUUUACUUUUUCUAUCCUGGAAGGAAGUGUUCAUUAACACACACGGACACACACACACACACACAUACAUGAUAAGAUGGACUGAUGGCACGCAAGGAUGUUAACAACUUUCUUGACAAAUCAUAGCAUCAUUUGAAAUAUGAACUAUGCAGUUUGUUGGUGAUUCCUUCCUGUGAUUCUAUCUCAGCAUUUUUAAGUAAAAAUCUGGUAUGAGUUUUAUGAAGAUUUGAAUACCAAGCUUUCUCAUACAUAUUGAAAGGUGACUCAUGGUGUAAAUAUCUUUGCUACUCCUGGUUGACCCUUUAAAUGAAAUAUCUCAUUUAAACAGAAAAGAAUGGAUUUAGUUACUUGAAACAAAUAAUGAUAUGACAAAGUAUGUAGAUUUCCCCCCAGAUAUGACAGAAAUAUAUUCAGGAAAGUUAGACAAAGAAUAUAAUUAAGAAGGAGAGAAUGUGUAUGUUGCAAUAAGGGCUCUCAGAGUGGAGCCAACACUUGUGAUAAGUUAUACAAUGUAUUCAUAUCAUAAUUGACCAUAAGCGAAGUAGGUAAUGGACUUUAUAUAGACAGACAUUUCAGAUUAUCCCUGGAAAGGUGCCCUCCACCUAAUGCCACCCCUGCAUCAGACCCUAAGGUUCACAUCCAUAUCUCAACACAUGCAUCCUUUGAUGAGAAGUUAUGAGGCAAUAAAAUCAUAAUGCAUCAAAACUAAUUUAAAUUUUCUAUUAAGUCAAAUGGAAUUGGACUACUUAAGAUGUUUUGUGUUUCAGACAAAUCUAAUUGUUGGUGUUCAUUCUUUCAUUGUUAAUUUUUGGCAGAAUUUUCAUCUUAGCAUGUUAAAUCUAAUUUUCUUGUUUGUUGCUCUUGAGAUAUCGUACAGUAUCAAGACUUCUUAUAAGUAGUAUCUACUCAUAAUUGCAUGGAGGUUCACAGUAAAGGGUUGUCAUAGUUUACAAGUAUGAGAGUGCUAGCUUGCACUGCCAUAAUGUAUAAUGUGCUGUGAUGAUGAAUAUCCUCUUAUCAUGAAAAUGUAAAUGUGAUCUCAGAAUGAGUUAAAUUAUAUCUUGGUGCAAUCAGUGCUUAGAAAAGAGAUGAUAAAUAAAUGAAUUUAAUAAGAAUAGAUUUACAUGCUAUAAUAAUUCUUUGCCUAGCUUUUUUUUUUUUUUUUUUUUUUUUUUUUUUUCAGCAACAAUUUCCAUUUUGUAUAUUUUAGUAAUUUAAUAUUGUACAGCAUUAUUAUGCUUCAGUUUGUUCAUGGCUAUAAAGAAAAUGUGGAAGGACUGAGUGCAGGGAUGAUAUUUGAUGUUUGACAUUGUUGACUAUCUCAUUGCAAUAGUAAUAUUAUGGAUGUUGAUAUUUAACGAUAUUAAGUGGGGUUAGGUUUAAUUGGAAAUGUCCUUAGCAUUUUGCCACUAGGAGAUUGUUUUGUAUGGCAAUUAUGAGAAUGCAUGUGACAAUUAAGAAAGAGUAUUAGACUUAAUAAGGGAAAGUUCCUCUUUUAUAAGAAUCUGCAGGACUUUGCUGAGAAACUGUAAUCAUAUUAAUUCAAAACAUAAGAAAAUUUAAUGGGUAAAAGAGUUUUUAUCUUUAAAUUACUAUAAUAUAGUUUAUCAAAGAUUUGCUUCUGAAGGAAAGUUGUAGAUAGGCUUGUGCUUGAUUGGACAUGGUCUACAUAGUAUUAGAGUUUGCAGUUUCAGCUUGAAUUAUACAAAUCAGCAAUAUACACUAUACAAUCAACAUAUGAAAUACAGUUGUCAUCAUCAGGAUAUUAGUUCAUAUCAUGAGUUCUGUGCUGUGAUAUAGAGUAAAACCUCAUUAGCUCAUGCUUCAAUAAUGUGCUGUUCAAGAUAACUUCUAGAAGCUCAUAAGGAAAAGGUAACUCAUAAAAACUUUAUUCAUUUGGGCAGAUUUGUAAAGAUGUGACAAAUGUAUGUGGCUCAUAAAAACAACUCCAUUGAGGACUUAUCAGUUGGGCAUUCAGUUUACUUGCUGCUAUGCCAAAUACUCACAGGUUAGCUUCCUGUCAGUAGCUCUGCCAUUCACCACCACCAAUCAGUUGUUCAUGUACAAGGUAAUGCACAGUUUUUACAGGUAUCAGUUAUUUUCCCCUACAGUUAUAACUUUUCUUGGAAGCUCAUAUGCUGUAUCCCAUUUAUAAAAGCUUAAAAGUUUCCCAGUAUAAAACAUACUUAUGACAGCUUUAAUAAGCUUUGCAAACUUACAUUUUGUGCUUGUCUUAAUUAAUGGUCCUCCUGAGGAAAUAAAGACUUGCUUGACUAGUUGGAAUGGACAUUUCUACUAUAAAAGCGUAAGGGAUAUUAAGGACACCAAAGAUUAUUUUUGGCUACUAAUGAAAUAAUGGAAACUUUAAUGUGAUGUGUCCAGAACUAUUUAAUUGAGCAUAUGUGCUGCACUGUAUUACAUUAGAAGACGUUAAGGUAAGUGACCAAAAGGCCACCUGCAUCCUGCCAAGUGCCUUCUACAAGCUUGAAUGUACUUCUCUGCUAUACGGAAAUGAGUUCUAUUAGUUUUCAAUUUCUAAAUGUAGUGUACUUGUAAAAAUGCUAACUUGGAGAGGCUUGGAACUCAAUUAGCAUGAGCUAAUGAGGGUUUACUAUACAGUGGCCUCCAGAGUUGUGCACCAUUCAGGAUCCACAAAAAGUCAUUUCUGCACUGAACCCAGAAUCCCAUCCUCAGCAUCUGCAGUUCACUCAGUAGUAGUGCCAUAUACAAAGAAAAUCACUUAUGAUUAACUCAUAAUGUUUUCAUCAUAGAAGAUUGUGUGAGAUACACUGGGUACCCAAUAAUUGUUUUUCCAGACAUUGUGUGUUCACAGGUAUUUUUAGUUACUGUUGUUACCAUGAUUGUUAUAUAUAUUUUUUUUAUUAUUAUUUUUCAUUUAAAAAAAAAGAUUUGUUUAUUUAUGAAGUGGCAUACCUCAGGAGAUCGUAUGUGUUGUCAGAAAGGGAGAUGAAGGAAGCUUAAGGCCACCCAGUGGUGACGUUGCACUUUUAUUUUUCCAUAUUGUCUCUUAUUUAUUUACUUGAACAUAUCACAUGUCCACCUCAUGACAAUGUUUUGGAGUACAACAAUUAAAGUAAGAGAUUGUACUGUACAUCACUGAUUAGGCUUAUUAAGCAUAUUGUUUACUCUAGUACACCAUUAUAGUGUACUAUGGUUCAGACAAAUAUCUCCUAAUAUAAUAUAAUGUACCUUACUGCUUUGUGGUUGAAAUAAUUCUUUGAAGAGCAUGGAAAAAAAAAAAAAACAUUUGUCACAAGUGUCAAAAUGAGCAAACAUUCUAACUUGUUGAAAUGUCACAUGAGUUCUGUUAUUGGAGUUCAGCAAUUCUACAUCAGAAGAGCAAACACUGAACUCAACAAGAUUCCCAUAGUAAUUUUCACAUCAGUAUAUUAUGUACUCUCCUUCAGAUAUUUAUAAUUUCUGGUCAUCGGUCACUGUCAUUUUUGUUAGUAAAAUUACUUAUUGAGAAUUAAAAGCUUAAAUCAGCCCAAUGCUUCUUCUCAGUAAAAUAUAGUUGACUUCCUUCUUUUUACCUAUUUCAAUUCAUAUGAAAAUAAUGAAGGAAUCAAUAUUUGGCAUCAGCAUAAAAUAAAUAAAUGUAUAUAUACUGCAGGGCUUAGGCCCCUGGCUUUCUUAAUGAAAUCAGAUGUUAUUUAUAAUUAUAUGGUAUAGUUGAAAAUAUGUUUAAUUGGCAAGUGAUGAGCCCUGUAUGAGGCUGAGUUGUCCCUAUGCCAAGUUGUGCCUUAACUUAUCACUUCCACCUCAGAAGACACUGGGAAGAAUUUGUGGUUUUUAAGGGAAAAUACAGUACUAAAUUUUAUAUGAUGCUCAGCAUAGUAUUAUUAUUUUGCCUGUGUUGUUCUAGUAGUUGGCUUAAACACAGAUAAGACAUCACAAUGGAGAUAAAAGGAAGGUACCUAAAGUGAUGAAAUUUAAUGUUGAAAGCAAUGUAAAGCCCUUUGUAAUAUUCCUUAGAAAGUUAUUGUAGCUGCUAUCCAUGAAAUGUAUAAAUAAUGUAAAUACAACAAGAAUAUAUA